CCUGUUCGUCACUUCCGAGGUUUCGGCGCUAGCUAGCUUAGCUAGCUGGUGUUCACUCCUCACAGGAAGAGCACCGUAUCACUGCUCGUCCUGUAUCUUAACUACAUUUCACAAGGCUGUUCCACUUUUUAAAUACCCGUCAUACUCUCCUCUACCGUGACUCACUCCAGCGUUUUAGAGCUCCUUUACUGUGGUCCCCCCCCCCCCACACUGCCUCCUCCUGCUCCCUCCGCCAUGACUGAACCGGAGCUGCUGACGGAGGUGCCGGCGGCGCUGAAGCGGCUGGCCAAGCAGGUGGUGAGGGGUUUCUACGGCAUCGAGCACGCGCUGGCGCUGGACGUGCUGAUCCGCAACGCGUGCGUGCGGGAGGAGGACAUGCUGGAGCUGCUGAAGUUCGACCGCAAGCAGCUGCGCUCUGUGCUCAACACGCUGAAGGGGGACAAGUUCGUGAAGUGCCGCAUGCGCGUGGAGACGGCGCCCGACGGCAAGACCACGCGCCACAACUACUAUUUCAUCAACUACCGGCUGCUGGUCAACGUGGUGAAGUACAAGCUGGACCACAUGCGGCGGCGUAUCGAGACGGACGAGCGCGACUCCACCAACCGGGCGUCGUUCCGCUGCCCCUGCUGCCACAGCACGUUCACCGAUCUGGAGGCCAACCAGCUGUUCGACCCACUGACGGGGACAUUCCGCUGUACAUUCUGUCAGACUGAGGUAGAGGAGGAUGAGUCGGCUAUGCCGAAGAAGGAUGCCCGCACGCUGGUUGCUCGCUUCAACGAGCAGAUCGAGCCCAUUUAUGUGCUCCUACGGGAGACCGAAGACGUCAACCUGUCACAUGACCUGCUGGAGCCAGAGCCUACAGAAAUCCCUGCCCUGAAGCAGAGCCGGGAGCGUGCAACGCUGUCCGGAGGGCCGGCAAUGGCCGGAGCCAUGGGCCGUGAAGUCUGGAGGACAAAGGACUCAUCGUACGCCGACCUGUACACGCAGAACGUGGUAAUCAGCAUGGAGGACCAGGAGCCCCAGCAGACGCAGGCGGCCGAGGCCAAGGCCCUUAAAGAGAGGCCAGUCUGGCUGACUCAGAGCACCGUGGAUGGGGCCUACAGUGAGACAGACACCCUCAAGAACUCUGGCGAGGACUCCUUGAUGACCCGGGAGGGCAUGGCCGGGCGUGGCCAAGCGUCGGACGAGAACGAGGAAGUGAUGCGUGCCCUCCUGAUUCACGAGAAAAGGAGCGGCAGCGGCCCGGCGGGCGGAGCCGCGUCCAAGCCCACCCUCUCGGCGGUCAACGCCAGCGACUCCGAGAGCGACACCAGCGAGUCGGACGAGGACUCUCCAGCCCAGCCUUCCGCCCACAUGGCCACCUCCAUGCUGAGGCUGGGGAGGCAGGAGGAGGAGGACGACGACGACGAGGAAGAUGAGUUCGAGGAAGUGGGUGACGAUCCGGUCGUGAUGGUGGGGGGGCGAUCCUACUCGUACAGGGUGGUGAGCCAGAGGCCUGACCUGGUGGAACAGAUGAGCGCCCAGGAGAAGGAGGCCUACAUCGAUAUGGGCCAAACCCUUUUUCAGGACAUGUAUUUCUAAAGUGCCUGUGGCGCCUCUCACUCUCUCUCUCCUGUUUUUCUUUGCAUUUCUUCUUCUACCUCCUUUCUUUGCCAUCUUUAUGCUCACUUUGCCACAGCAGGAGUCGGUGCCACACUGCUUCCUUUGGCAGGAGAGCACACAUUAUGUCCAGCUCUGCAGAGCGCUGUGCCGUGGGCCAGAGUCCAGCCGAGAGGAGCAGUGUUACUGCGCAGAGCAGGCCUCCCGUCGACAGCUACUCACCCUUUUUGCACACACUCUUGCUGGACUCGCAGCGACGCUAGUGCCAAGCAGCCGUGGUAUUUUUCCUUCCAUUUCAGGAUGAAUAAACAUACGCACACCCAGUCCUGGGUCCCUUGCUUAAGUGUUUCCGUGGUAACCUCUGGAACAGGUGACUUGCCAGAAUGCAGAGAGGGAGGCUGUCGUCAGCGUUUCGCUCACAGCCGUCCCAGACGUGCUGUCCACUGCCCUCCUCUGUUCAGAGCCCUCGCGAUAUUCUGGGACAGUAUUCAGAAAGCAUAACGGUGUUGACAAAAAUUGAAUGAAUUUUUUUUGUUUACUUUUUAUUUUUCUUUCCUGUCUUCGUGUCAAACCCUUCGCUUUAUGACGAAAUUGGAUUCGGUUUAUCUGCAUAUGACCGUGUGUGUGGGCCACGCGCAAGUGUAUUUGUGUGUGUUUGGGGGGGGCGGGGACAGGUUGUUUAUAAUUGAUUCUUUUAUAGCAAUAAACUGCUGCUGGGGAAUUUGUUUGUACAUUAUAUAAAUGUGUUAUAUGUUUCAGAUAAAAGUUCAGUUAAAACCAGUACAACUUUAAGGUGCCAGACUCCCUCAAUAAAUGCUAAUAUUUGGA